CAGCUUUUUUGUGCACACAAUAUGUGGCCGUUGACCCGCGCAAUCGAGUUCGUCACUGUCAUAAUCGUCUUCUUCAACGCACACACGGAGUAUUAUCGACACAGAGAGAAAGAGAUACGCGGCGAUGGUGUUUUCCACGGCAAUAAGUUCAUGCCAGCUGUAUUUUCCGGGACGCCGGCCGGUUGCGAAGCGGGCAAUCAGGUGCUCUUCGGCGGCGCCGGCGCCGGCGAAGUUCGAUCUGAAGAAUUACUGGGCCACGCUGAUGAGGGAGAUCAACCAGAAGCUGGAUAAGGCGGUUCCGGUUCAGUACCCGCACCAGAUUUACGAGGCCAUGCGGUACUCCGUUCUCGCCAAAGGCGCCAAGAGGGCUCCUCCAAUCAUGUGCGUCUCCGCCUGUGAGCUCUUCGGCGGCGAUCGCCUCGCCGCCUUCCCCACCGCCUGCGCUCUCGAAAUGGUUCACGCGGCUUCUUUGAUACAUGAUGACUUGCCAUGCAUGGAUGAUGAUCCGUUGCGCCGAGGACAACCCGCAAACCACACAAAAUUUGGCGUGGACAUGGCAAUCUUGGCCGGGGACGCCUUAUUCCCGCUCGGCUUCCGCCACAUAGUGUCCCACACGCCCACCGAUCUCGUCCCCGAGGAUCAACUCCUCAAGGUGAUAGCCGAGAUUGCCCGGGCCGUGGGGUCCACCGGAAUGGCGGCCGGACAGUUCGUCGACCUCGAGGGCGGGCCCCACGCCGUGGGGUUCGUUCAAGAGAAGAAGUUCGGCGAGAUGGGAGAGUGCUCGGCCGUGUGCGGGGGCCACCUCGGGGGUGCUUCGGACGAAGAGAUCCAAAUGCUGAGAAGGUACGGGCGCACAGUCGGCGUGCUCUAUCAAGUCAUCAAUGAUAUAUCGGAAGCAAAGGCGGAGAGCGGUGAGGGCAAAAUUGGGAAGGCAAAAAAGAGGAAAGGGAAGAGCUAUGUGAUGGCGUACGGCGUCGAGAGGGCGACGGAAGUUGCAGAGGACAUGAGGGCACAAGCUAAGAGAGAGUUGGAUGCUCUUGAGAAGAAAUAUGGGGAGAAGGUCAUCCCAUUGCACAGCUUUGUAGAUUAUGCUGCUUAUAGAGGUUUUGAUGUUGAUGUUGAUCAAGUUUAAAUUCAAUUCUCACAACUCUAAGUUGUAUGGAGUAAUACCUAUUACACAUAUAGUAGUACCCAAUAGUGCAAUAACAAGUUUGCUCCAAAGUUCUUUUGUGUUUAAAACUAGGAACAUCUUAAAAAGGGCUUAUUAGCAAAGACAAGGAGUGUUAAGAUCCAAAUUCGAUAUCUGACAACUGUGUUGCGAGAUAAUUAUAAUAAACAUAAAACUUUUGU